AAACAUCAAUUACCGACGGAGAAGAAGUGUUGAUACCACUCAUGACUCACGCUCAUUUCUUGCUGAGGUGCCACGUCGUUUGUUGUGCGAUGUUGUUUGCCACAUGUGGUGUAGCUGAGUUGAGAUGUAAACAACACCAGUAUGUGGACCAGCUGACAAGUACUUGUACAGCAUGUUAUAUACCAUCAGAGCUGGAGAUUGAAGUCUCUCCCUGCAACAGCACUCACAACACGGUGGUCACGUGUGCAGACGGCACCUUCAACUCCGUCACAACCGGUCCUGGCGUCAGCUGCAGGUACUGCGGUGUAUGCGGCACCGGAGACAACCUUGACCGUAACUACGAAAUCAGGUCAUGCAGCCCUACAAACGACACCAAGUGCUGCCCUCGCGGGAAUAUGAAAAUUGGAGCAAAUGGCUCGUGCUAUAACCCUGAUGAGGAACAAAAGCCGAAAAAUGCCGGCGACAGCAACCAGGAAAGUAACGUCAGCAACUUGCAAAAUGACGACACUACCCUGCAAAAUCCCGUCAGCAACCAGAAAAAUGAAAGCAUCCCGCAACCUAACAAAAUCAGCGGGAACAAUUUUGAUCUUGAUUCACAUACACAUAAUAAAGCCAUAAGGAAGAACAUUGACUAUAGAAUUGUGUGA